AUGAUGUUACUAAACCAGAGAUUCCAACCUUGGAAAAGCCGACAUAAUUAUCAGCAUACUGACCAAGCUGCAGCUCCGAGUGUCAUCUUAAGUGAUAGCGACAUCAGCGAUAUUAGCAAUCUCCAGGAGUGGCCUAUCAAGUAUAUCCUCCGCGAAACAGCCACAGAGUACCUUAUAGACUGGGAGGGUCCUUACGAUCCGACUUGGGAACCUAAAGAGAACGCAAGUGAGCUUGCGAUACAAGCUUGGAACAAGCGCAAGGCACGUAACUCACGAGCGCUUGAUUCGGAAGCCACACGUGUGCAGAGCUCGUGCUUGUCCUAUCCUCCAACGGGCUCUUCGUCCUCCGCCAGAACAAAGGGAGAUUCACAGGAUCCUUCUUUUGUUCCAUCUGAAUACAACCAGGGCGAGACCAGCUUGGACCCCUCCGUGUCAUCAUUUGUACAUCGAGAUAGUACCCUGGAAAUCCCAGAGAGUCCUCAAUUCCGACAUCUCGAGCUCUCAGGCUACCUUGCCGAGACUACCUCCCCUUUUCAAACUUCUACCGACUGUUCCCCGUUUCCAGCAUCUGGGUCCACCGGUUCUGACUGGCAGACGGGCUCUUCCGCACUUGAAUACGUCCCCGAAUCAUCGAUAGCAUCCAUAUUUCUGUUACGAGGUGAGCGACGCGGAGGCGCCAGGCCUGAGACGCUCCAGCCUGAUCGGCUCCAGUACCACGCAACUUCCGAUACAGGUGACGUUGGUCUUUCCGAGGCUCUCCUUAGGUCCUCAAAUCAGCGACAGUGUUCUGGAGACAUUUCCAACGUUCGAGACCCCGUGCAACCGGCAACACCUGUCAUCGAAUCAAGCUGCGAGGUCUACGAGAUAUCAGAGACACCAGACCAGCCACAGUUUUCGGGAUCUAGGGUUUCUGAUUGUGGAUCUAAUCUCAUCCAAGAUCUUCCUUCGCAGAUUUCAAUUAGCGUUCCUUCGCAACCUCUUGUUUCAUCCGGACUCGUCUUUGAAGGUACGACCAAAUACCACAGAUCAUCAUCCUAUCAUGCUCACAUUUUCAUAGCAUCAGGUCAAGCGCAUAGAUCUUACCACAGCUCGAUCCCGGAGACAGUCUUGGACAAAUUAUCACAGCAUUCAGAGAGUCAGACAGCGGAAGCUUCCACCCGACCAAUGCUUCCAUUAUCUAGUCUAAUGGAGCCGAACCCAUCCGGCGAUAUGGGCAACAAAGAAGCAAAGCCAUUGAAGCACUUUACCUCCAGCGCCCAGUCAGACCGAUAUGGCGAUCUUCCUGGCUCAGCUUUGAAGGAAAAGACCCGCAGCGACUGGGCCCAGCUUGGCUCUGAACCUCAACCAGGAACACCGCAAGCUGGAACUGCCAUUGAUACCCCCUCUUCGGUGGGCGAUAUUGAAGCCACCAUGUCUGCACCUAUUCCUGAGACCACCGUCCCUCUCAGUAUCAGAUUCGAUACAGGAUCCUUUUCCCAUUCACACACUGCAGUCCACCACGGUCACUCCGAGCCCUUGUUAACAGCGUCAGAAUUGGCGCACGGGGGUAAUAUCACCCAGUCUUCAAUGCAGACGAUUCAGCCAAGUGCAUUAACGGUCACUGGCAUGGAUGAGAUUACUCCAGGGUCGGUUCAGCUUGGCCUAUCCGAAUACGCAGUGACUCUCCCGAUGGAUUCUCGAGUCAAAGACGACUAUGAACGGGUUAUAACAGAUGCAGCUACCAACUUCCGUCAGUUCUUCGAGAGUUUCCAGUCAAAUUCCCAGCACUCUGCUUCGGAUAGAGAGGAGUUGUAUUCAGGCAUGCGUGGCGUUGUUUCACGACUGAACAAUAUCGCGAUGCACCCAGACUUGAACAUUUCGGAGCACCUCAAGGGGGUAGAACCAGAUUUUGCAAAGGAGGCAUCUUGGGCGGAAUACUCCAGUGCCAAAUUCUUAUUUCUGGGCCAUUUUAUGGAACUUGCUGGUAUGAAUGAGCUUCACGUGAUUAUUGCCGUCGGAGAUGAGAAGAAACAGAAGAUCCUCGAGCGUUAUCUACAGGGCAAGGGUUUCGCCUACACAAGACCCCGAGAGGAAAUGGGCAGUGCAGUUGAAGUAUCUCUGGCGAAGGGCCCACUCAGCUUUGGCAUUCACUCUAGUGAAAGCGCCCGGGAGCUUUUCAAGACACCAUCUGCUAUCUUUGCGUUGGACUCAUCUUUCAGUUCCAAAAGCCCUUCUAUGCAACACAUUCGCACCACCUAUUCCCGAAACGGUAAUUUGCUUCCUGUCAUCUGGUUCCUUGUUGCCAACACAAGUGAACACAUUGAGCGUUGCCUGCCCGAAAUGCCGGCUACCGAGCGGCUACACCUGCUUGUACAUUACAUUGCCCGUCUUCAUGAUGAGGUCGGUGAUCUGCAGGACAAUGCCCUUGGUGUGCAAGAGGAUGCUGAGGAAAUCCUUGGCUAUCUCCUGGAUAGCGCGUCUGGGUGGCCACUGCCUACCAUCGAGCCCCUGAACUUUGUCUCCUUGGAAGAACUUGAGGUAUCAAACGACUCGUCGUCUGACGAAGCGCCACCACAGCCACCCAAGCGAGCAUUAGAAGAAGGCUCUGAAAUUCAUUCAUCAAAGCGUCCUCGUGUCGGUACUCAGGAAGACAGUCAGUUGACCGAAUCAACUAAGCCUCCAAGUCAAACCCUUGAUCGCGAUCUGCAAUCGCUGGAGAAAAACCUCAUUCAAAUGAAAGCCACACAUUCCACUGAAAAGGACGAAUUACAGGCUGAGCUCAAUCAGGCCAAAACUCGUUGGCACGAAUUGGAGAAGACACUGGGAACCCUGCAGCAUCGCUACGAGACCAGGACCAAUGAAUUUCACAAAACCCGCCAAGAGCGCGAUCAUCUGACUGCAAGCAAAUCAACCAACGAGGAGCGUGUCGAGAAGCAAAGGGAUAUCAUUUCCAAAUUGAAAGAGGAGCGACUGGAGCUGAACAGUCAGCUCGACGAAUCUAGGAAAGCUCUCAAAGAUGGCGGAGGUACCACUGCUGAAAUGGAGAUGCUACGUGAUGAGAUUCGUCGCCUUAAGAGUGAGAACGAAAGUCUUGUACACAAAGCAGACUUUGAGAAACGUCAAUCUGAGUACACCAGAGAGCAGUACCAGACCGCGUCUACAGCUGCCGCACAGUCUGGCACCGAAAACCGUCUGUUGGUCGCCGAAAACGAGGCAUUGAAGCGCAGAGUGGAUGGCAAUAUGGUCAGACUCCACGAGAUUAACACUCAAAAUGCAUCCGCUCGCCAUACCGCCCGAAUUGAAGAGCUUGAAAUCACACUUGCUGCACGCGAUGAGUUCCUACGCAAAAAGGAGGAAGAACUCCGCGAAAUCCGCAAGAACAGACCAUCUACUCGCUCUACUAGCACCCAACCACGAAGCCCCAAAUGGGCCAACAGCCGCCCCACCAGCCCUGGCGUCGGCCACAAUGGCAACGGCAAUGGAAAUGGAGGCGUUUCUGGUCGAGGCAGUGGUCUUCGAUACAGCUCUGGAAUGCAAGUCUAA